GAAAAGGCAUACACGUUCAAUCCAGUGAUGAUAGUGUGCUAUUUGAUGGUAUGGUGGUGGUGGUAGUGACAGAAAGAGAGAGAUAGAGUGAGAGAGAGAGAGAGAUAUCCGAGGACAUGGAGAAAGCCGUGUGGUCCUUAUUAUUUAAGGUCAGCAGUCAGGGUUUGCUGUUAGCCUCACACUUGACACACAGGGUGGUGGCCUCCCCCACAAGAUAUUGACCUCAGCAACAAAAACUUUGUGGACAUUGGGGGAAUAAUAAGGUUUUAGAAAGUGCUCGAGGACCAGGAAAGGAAAUGAAACCCUUCCCUCGUCAUAGAAAAACGCAUAGGGACGAGAAAUGUGUCAUUUCUGGAACAACUGUGAAAAUUGGUGGGUGAAUUUUUGCUUACGAUUUGGGUUCUAAAACAAAACAAUGAUAAUGUCGGGCGUAACUUUGAUACAGUUUAGAAAGUCAACGUAACUUGGACACAGCUUUGACAUAAUUUUUUUUCAAGAGCAGUUUGAGGUUCUAGUGUACUUUGUGAAAAAGUGAGCGAAUAAAGUGCAACUAAAAAUGUGAAAUAGCGCAAAAUGAAAAAAUGCCUGGAAAUAUGCGCAACAACAUCAAAAACCUUUGUCCAGGAUCGUUAGAAAUUUCUUUGCAAAAUCAAAAGUAACGGAUAUCAUGACACAGUGAUGAAGGUGAAAGUUGGGUUUGAUUUAAAUAGCGACUGACAAUGAUUACCCAAAAAGUUGACGUUGGUGGAACAGUGACAUUAUUAGACACUCGAAUCUUCUUGAUUAAACAUCCUCCUCCUGAAACUACCACACAUUUCCUCACCACCGUCCACUUUUACUACUGUUAACAUAAGUAUAAUCCAGUUAUCCACUUAUCUAAUUAUAUUCUUAUUAUUAUUGCUAACGUCGAGAAGGUUUCAUCCAAGAGUGUAGACCACUCUCCCUGCUGGUGCUUGCAUCAUCUCUGAGUUGAUCUCAAUCCUUUGUCUGUACAUGAGAGAGGAAAACGUUUUCUCGUUAUCAUUGAUUCUUUCGUACAUAUGACUUUAAUAGUUUGCGAAGAAUAAAGUGCAAAGUUAAGUAAUGAUGCAUACCUGAGUUUUGACGACAACCAAUUAAACUACCUAUAACAAAAACGUUGGGCGCUUUGAAAAUUUCUUAUGAUGCUGCGGCUGCUACUUUUUGUGAUAAAUUUGUGAGAAAGUGUUCUUGUGUUUUGUUUAACAACACUAUACACACAGUGUGUGACCGUGUUUUGGUCUCAUUUGCAUAAUUAGUGACUUGUUACUCCCUGUCAUGAGGUGGUGGAUGCCGUUUCGAAGAAGAGUGAUGUGUUUCUUCAAAAGGUGGUCAAAUAGCGUUGAGCAAAUCGAGGAUGAGAGGUAAAGUAGUUGGUGGUCACUUUCUGGUAGACGAACCUGCAAACUGGUCAGGGAACACAACAUUGAACGAACUCUUGAACCACGGUCCCUGGAGCUCCACCACCACCACCACCACCCACAGUUUCAAGCCAUACUCUGAAAACAGUGCUAAGGGCGGAGUCAGUCCCCCCGCGACGACACAUUUGUUGGUCCGGCCCCACAACAUCCUGGGUGAGACAGGAGAUGACGAUUUAAGAAUGAAAGGAUGGCAAGUACAUCUCACGUAACCUCCGACCUACCUCCUAUGCCUGAUCUCUCACAUCUUACUGAGGAAGAAAAGCAAAUCAUCCACCAGGUGAUGCUGCGUCAGCAACAAGAGGAAGAAAAAGAGCAUGAAAUCGUAAGAAGGAAAGCGGACGAAGUUAAAGUCUUAGAGGACACAAUUCGCCAAAGAAGUAGUGAAAGAAAGGCCGGUUCUGGUUUGGACGCAACAUGUCAGUUGUGCCUCAAAACCAAAUUUGCAGACGGAGUUGGUCACGUCUGUGCAUAUUGUGGGGUGCGGUGUUGCGCCCGAUGUGGAGGCAAAGUUACACUCCGUUCAAAUAAAGUGAUCUGGGUGUGCAUUCUCUGUCGCAAAAAGCAAGAACUGCUCAUCAAAACAGGUCAAUGGAUGACUCAACCUCUGCUGGUCUCCACGCCGGAGAAAGAGAAUCGAGGCUUCGGCCCUGGAGGGGGCAGAGGCUUGCACAUGUCCUCCGGCGGCUCCCUAUCGCGCUUCCCCCCGCCUCUCGUGCGCACCUCCUCCCUCCAAAACCAAGGCCGAGAACUGCCUACUCCACAACUCCGAAGACAAUACAGUCAAGAGAACAGGCCGCCACAGGCCAUGGUCCACCACCAGCACCACCACCACUUGCAGAGGCGUGGUUCUGCCUCCUCGGAACCCCAAGACUAUUACCCCCACCACUACAGAGACUCAUUUAGUUCAGAGUACGCUCCACCACCCCCACCAGCUCCUUCCCACCCGCCUUCACACUACGCCCAGCAUCCACACAUCCCCUUUUAUACCUCUUCCGGUAUUGGACCGCCGCCACCACAGCCGCCGUCCUCGUCCUCAGACUGGGCUACCCCACCCCCCAGACAACUCCCCAAUCCAAAUAAUAUCUCCUCCAACAAGGCUCUAAUUCACCCCGGCGGCUCACUUCACCAUCCAAGCAGUUCCCAAACGACCACGAGUAGCGGGAGGCUGAGUGUCGUGAGUUCCUCGACCACGAAGGGUGGCAAUAAUAGUGGGAGUGGUGGGAUUGGAGGGCAACGGUCGCUUAGUUCUUCGGAAGAGGAGUUGAGGUCCACGCCAGACUACACGUCGGGGGAUGAGUUGGAUCCCAGACGCCCAGCACACCACAAUUUGGGACAAUCGUCGUCAUCCCAUCUCCAACAAACCUCAGUGUACCUUCAUCACCACAAUAUUCACCAACAGAUUCAUUCCGCCUCUCCGCUGGACCCUCCGGGCGGCCUCAGUUCAUUGACUAAGGGUGCAUUUGACGGUGCUAAAAGUUUUAGUGGUAGUAGUUCUAGUGUUGUGCUUGCUGGUGGAAUUCCGUUGGGGGCUGGUUCCUUGGGUGGAGGUGGCUAUCACCGCUUUCACCACGGAACCGCCCCUCCACCCGACAGCAGGCGAAGGGGGUAUACGGAUCGAUCUAGAACUAAGAAAACUGUUCGCUUCGACUCUGACGAUUUUGUGGGGGUUGAAGGAGGACCAGUGGUGGGGGCAGAAGACGAGUGGUUUUCGUGGGAUCAAAGUUCAGCCGAAAGGCAGGGUUCACAAGACUCGACAACAAAGGAUUCGGGAAUUGAUACAUGUUCCAAUUUUACUUCUAGUGAAGACUCGAAUCGUGAAUUGGUUCAUACAAAGGUAGCAACAGAACAUCCCGUGUCAUGGCGGCCAAAUAGCGACGGAUCAAAACUUAUAGGUCAUAUGAUACUGAAGAAAGACCUUCGAGACCACAACAGCUCCUCGGCACAUAUCUUGGGACUCAAAGUUACGGGGGGAGUGGUGAUGGAUGUCAAGACAGGACGGUUAGGUGCAGUUGUGGAGAAGGUUAAGGAAGGAUCUAUAGCGGAUAUUAUUGGGAGGGUGCGACCUGGAGAUGAAAUUGUAGAAUGGAACGGGAGAGGUUUGAUAGAAAAGACUUUUGAUGAAGUUCAUGAGGUUAUUGCGGAUUCGAAACUUGACCCUCAAGUGGAAAUUGUGGUCUCACGUCACAUUGGACCCAGAAUGAGUGGACCCCCUGGUAAAAGCUACCUCAGUAUUCGUAAAGACAUUAGACGACCAAGUGUAACGGUGACAUCUCCCUCAUCGCCCGAUCCAACCACGAGGAUUUCUCGUUUCGGACCAGUGGAUCAAGGGAAAAUCCAGUUAAAAAUUUGGUUUGACCCAUUAACGCAUCAGUUAACCGUGACGGUUAUAAAUGCUUGUGACCUUCCGUCGUCGCGACAUGGUCUACCCAACCCUUUCACCAAAUUGUGCCUCCUUCCUGACAGAAGCGAGAAAUGGAAACGCCGAACGAGAACACUGCAGCAAACACGUGAUCCAAAUUGGAAUCAAUCCUGUAUUUUCGCACCAAUUCGUCUGUCGGAAAUUAGAACUCGAAUAUUACAAGCCACGAUAUGGGAUUGUGACCGCACAGGAAAAUUCGACUAUUUGGGGGAAGCCUCCGUUGAACUCUCCACCCACCCGUUGGACGAUGAGGCCGAGUGGCAUUAUCUCACAUGGGAUCGAAAGUCGAGCUUGUACAUUGACACUGAGACGUCGAUGAUGCCCUUGACAGCAGAACAUUUGUCACCUCCAAGCACCACUUCUCGUCUUUCGGACUCCGACACUGAAUUCGAUAAUGAGAGGCGUAUUGAAAUUGCUUCCAUUUCCAGUUCCUCAAGUCCUCCGCCGGACGAUUUAACUAAUGACCGGAGAUCACGUCGUGACCUGAGCCCACUGAGUCGUCGAGUGACAGAGUGCGAACCAUACUCAUCGCAUCCACCACAUCCUCGAGAUGCGAUGGGUCGCCGGUCUCUCUCCGCCACGACUCAAUUCCGCUCCAAAAGUCCACCCAAACGACCCUUCUCCCCACUUCGAAAUGAGAUCUCGGGGGACUUUGUCACCACCCACCCGCCGCCACCGCGAGUUCUCCGGUCAGCCACCGCAACCCCACAAGGCUCCCCCAAAAAGAGACAACUGCCCAUCGUCCCACCUGCCAGAGAGAGAAUGUCACAGGAGAUUGACGAGCGGGCGAGGGCACUUAAGGCCCGGAUGCGCUCUUCCCUCUCUGCCUCCUCCUCCUACUCCUCCCGAGGGCCCAGCAUUGAGAAUGAAGCCAUCCGGCCAUCCAAUCGAGGCAUUUCACCCGAUCGCGAAUGGGCGGAUUCUGACCUUGAAAGCGUGACCAGUGCCUUUUCCACCCAAAGUGAAAAUCCUAAUAGACUUAGUGAAUAUGCUUUGCGUCAUCCCAAAAGGAAUCUGGGUACCAGAAGCCUCUCCUCGGACACCGCACCAGAAGAGAAAGCCGACGGGAGUUUGAGUGACACGGCGGUGAACCUGACGCCGGGAAGUUUGGAGCGGCCGAGGGGUCAUCGGACGGGGGGUCCACAGACGAGGCUGAUGGCGCAAAAUAUGUCCGGCUUGGGUAAAAAAUCCAGCUCUACCUCGCAGUUAUCGGCAGUAUCCGCAACCGGACGCAAGAGACGCUUAGGUUUUGGUCGUAGCAAAGGCGGAAUAGGGAUCCAUCGGAGUGAGGAAAUUUUACCCGACGAGCUGAGGUUGGCAGUGAGCCAAACUGGAUCCUCCAUCUCUUCCGAAGACAUGUCCAUCUCUCAAGAUACUUCCGACAGCGGGUGGAUGCCGAGAAUGACGACUGGGCAAACGACGGCAGAAGGAGGACACAUCACGGACUUUAUCGAAGGUCUAGGACCAGGUCAACUAGUUGGGCGACAAGUUUUAGCAUCCCCAAGCCUUGGCGAUAUCCAGCUUAGCCUUUGUGACAGAAAGGGGAACCUCGAGGUGGAAGUCAUCAGAGCGCGUUCACUCAAGGCAAAAACUGGGUCGAAGAUUACACCAGCUCCCUACGUGAAGGUAUACCUCGUGAAGGGCAAGAAAUGCCUGGCGAAAGCAAAAACAGAAAAUGCACGACGAACACUGGAUCCUUUGUACCAACGACAAUUGGUUUUUAAGGAGAAAUAUGGCGGCUGUAUACUUCAAGUAACGGUUUGGGGGGAUUACGGGCGAAUCGAAGGGAGAAAAAUUUUCAUGGGAGUAGCACAAAUCAUGUUGGAUGACUUGGAUCUAUCAAAUAUUGUAAUAGGAUGGUAUAAAUUGUUUGGAACAUCUUCGCUGAUUUGAGAUUAAUUUCACCUUAAAUCUUGAAUUGGAGGAAGUAAUUUGCACAAUGUGCCACCAGGGUUGUUAUCAAAAGUGGGCCUCGCAUAAUAUGCAAAACUAUAUUAAUAAGAGGGUUUCUUGUCGAAUCCGUAUCAAAACGGUUGCUGUCGUAAGAAAAGCGUGUUCCGUCAAAGUAUACAAUAGUGCCCAAAACUACAAAUAAUGAAACAAGUUUCAUCAAAUCUUUCCCGAGGAAGAAGAAGGAUUGAUUAAUGAAAAUGUCGAGUUAAUACAAAAUCAUAAGCCAAACUUACCUUAUCAAGAAUCUUCGACAGAAACAACGUUACUCGCAUGUCUGACGAACUUUAGUAUAUAAAAUAAAACCAAAUCCGUCGUCAACUUCUUCACCAAACUGUUCGUUUCAGCUCUUUGGACUGUCUUUUUUACGGGAGGAAUUUUAAUUAUUUAUAUUAAUGUUAGUUAAGGACUUAUAAUUACUCCUCCUCCUCCUCUGAUCUAUCCAUCUAUCUAUCUAUCUACAUAUAUAUGUAACAUAUUGCCUCCAACAAAUUCAGACAGUCUUAUCUCAAUUGAGUCGGAUAAUUACCUCCAAUAACGUCAAGUCAUGAUGCUAAAAAUAAGGUCUCCUUUGGCUUUGAGUCAAUCCAUGCAUACAUAAGUACGUACAUCAAAAUGUACAUAAAAUAGAAAUCAAAACGAGAGAAACAACGACAGACUUCCAUUUUCCAAGUCCAAUCCAUAAUAUCCAAUCCAACCAAAACCGUAACAAAAUGUGUCAUAUCUCAGAGGGACGAUUUACAUACAAUACAUACGUACACACAUAUUUCAUUACUUAAUUAUCCAAAAUUUUAAAACUCUAAUAAAAGUAUUGUUCACUACCAGACAAGUAAAUGUUGGUAGAAAUAUUUUUUACUAAAGUCUAUAAAUAUGUGUACAGUUUUAGUUUUGUUAAUUUUUGAACUAAAUAUUUUGCAUUGAACACAACAAUUAAUGUUAUAAUUGACUGAGUUGAUUGUAUUUAAUUAUUUUUUACCAUUUGAUAAAAUAAUUUGGAUGGAUGACUUGAAGGCGAAGCGAUCAAAAAUUUUAGUCUCUCUCGUCCCGAUUUUAGAAAUAUUCAAUUGACCAAACUAACUUCCAAACGCAAAAGAAUCUUGAUCCAGCCCCAAAGACAUUUUCUACUAAAACUAUGUAUUAUUAUCAAUAAUAUGCCAUUAAUUGGUAAAAUAGGUGUUCAUAUAUAUAUUAUCUAACUGUCUAUAGUACUUAAAUUUAUCAAUCAAAUUAAUUACUUACUUACUGGAGGGUAUGCAUGCAUAAGAAUCUAUGGUUCGGACAGACCAUGGGCAUUUCUACUAAAAAAUGUCAUCCAAACAUUCAUUACAAAAAUGAAAAGAUUUUAAAAUUCCUCGUAUUGAUGCUGUACUCUGCACUUUUAAAGCUAAAAUUUAUACAUCAUAUGUAUCAGAAUGUCUUACAUUGAUAGAGAAGGAUAAACAUUAAUCUAGGAAGCUUAUCUACUGGCUAGUUAAGUUUUUACUAUAAUAACGUAAAAAAAUAAGUAAAAUGAAAAUGACCAGUGCGGAUUUUUAUCCAAAUCCAAGCAACGCUUAACUAUGAUUGAAACUUAGGAUUGCUUCGCUAUACUCGUUUUAAUUAAUUAAUUGCAUCUCUACCUGAUUUAAAAAAUAUACAGCUACUGCAUACAUACAUACAUAUUUAAAGAAAUGCAACAGACCUUUUGGUACCUUCGACUUUCGACGACGACGACGAUAUAUUCAAUCAAAAUAUAUCUAUGUGUAGGCUUAGGAAAUAACCACCGAGACGUGGAUACGAUGAAAUCUUUGAAAACCAAUGCACGUUUAAUUAUCACUCGAUUAAUUAAAACUAAGAAAAGUACAGAGCAUGAAAAAUAAAAUAAAUGAACUGCCUGAGGAAUGACGAGUCAGCAAAUGUCUCACCUGUGUAUCGAAUAUCGAUAUCGUUAUUAUUACAAAGUACCCCCAACAAACCAAACAAUUUUGUCAAUUGUGUACGAAUUAUGCAAAAAAAUUUGUUACGCUAUGCGCAUGAAAUUUGAAAAUGAUACCUUUUUCAUAUUAUAAUGAACGCCUGCAACAAUCCAUCUUUAAGCAAACACUAACCUACAAAGCGUCGCAGUGAUUGUUAAUUAUUAUUGUUAUUACUGACAAAAUUCACACCUUAUGACUGUCGCGACGAGGAUAUUAUAGUUAUCGUUCGUACGACGGGAGUAAAAAAAUGCAUACAUACACGGUCAUUGUGUGAUUUGUAUUUGUUAUCUAAUUAUUGCAUUGGCUAUAUUAUAUUAAUCGUGUUACAUCAACACGCAUGUAAUACUGGUAUUUAAUGGAAAGGAAAAAUUCUUCGAGUUAACUAUUACGAUUAAUUAAUGGCGAAUAUGAAUUACCUAUACUUAUAUAUUUGUUAUCAUGAUGAGUCAACUAUGUAUUUUUAUUCCCUGAUUCCUAGUGAACCCGCAUUUUUAUAAGAACUAGACUAGUACGUCCGAUCGACAGAUUCAUGAUAAGAUGAAGGAUACUAUUACAUACAAUAAUAUAAUAGCUAUUAUACAUAUAUCUCUGUCUACAUAAUUUAACUAAUCUACAUAGGUCGUAACGAUAAGAAGAAGAGGUUUACCUACAGGAUAGGAUAUUGACGCUUCUUGUAUUUGUAUCGUAAUUUAAUAUUAGUAUAACGACGCUAACCGGUUGAUAAGUAUUACUACAAUAUUUACGAAAAGUUGACCUAAAUAAUUAUUAUUAUGGAACAUUUAUUGUGUCAGAGUGGGUAGUAUUAACUCUAUCGCAAUUAAAACGGAUACCCUUUGUUGUAAUAUGCCGAAAUAA